AUGGUUGCGACCGACGGCUACGGCAUAAUGUCGCCUCAUGGUUCACCUCCAACGGCGCAACACUGGGAGGGCUUUUCGCCUCUGAUAAAGGAGAGCAUGGCCGGCAAGUCGGGUCGACUCGCUCCCAGAUGGGUUCAUGAUCUUCUGAAUUCUGAGUUGGACGUCGGUUCCUUCACAAACAUCCAAUGGGACCCGAACGCACGCUGCAGUAGAAAGACCGUAACGCACACUCUCGUUCUUGUUGGGAAUCAAAGCAGUGCCGAGGGACGAAACCCUGGCGUCCUCUCGUGCGUUUGCACUACAUGUGACUUUCACUUUCUCAUAAGGACGGCCUGGGAUGCUGACCAGUUGGUGUGUCUUUGCCAACCGUUUCCUGUUCACUUUCCGCCAAAGGACACAGACUUUUACCUACAUCACCUUGUCAAUAUUGAGCAGCCGCCUCAAAACCAAGACUACACGUCUGACUAUCAUCCCUUGAUUCGGGAAUCUCUGAUUGCCGUCGAACAUUUCGGUUGUUCAGCUCCCCGUUGUACGUUCCAAGUGACGGUCGAGAUAUCACGCCCUCGCCUCAAGCGCGAGUGGGUACAGCUACUAACCGACCAACAACGCAUUUUGGACAACCUAGCGCGAGCACGAAAACAGUCGCCUGACCGAUUCUCAGAUGCUAGGGAUGAUUGGUGUACCAGCGCGCCGUCAACGCUGAACACGUACUUGAGAGACCUGCUGGAUAAGCCAAACCCACGCAAUAUUUCUCAACGCAACAAGCGUUUCCAGGUAGUUUUUGGUGAGGAAUGCUAUGUUAUCUUUAAAGCGAUUGAGUUUUCUGAGGAAAUACUCGACAAAGAUGGCGUUCUGGAGCCUUACUUCAUCCCUCCUGUUCUGGAACCUGGCACUGCGGGUACGCCAACGAGACUGAGUACUUUGCGGGCAUUCGUGGAGGAUAUGCAAGCUGAAGCGGAAAGUCUCAUUAUUCGCAAUGGAAAACCUGGAGAAAACCGGCCUGUGGCAGGAAAUCGUGUUUUCAAGGAGCUCCAAUGCCUGGACUAUCCGCAGAACAAGGUUUCCCCGCGACCAGUCGAAGCUCAUCGGACCCUUGGUGUUCUGCCUGACUUUGACAAGGCACUCAUUUUCUAUGCUUAUAACCGCCAGUCUAUUUUAUGUGAGCAACGUCGGCCUGAUUAUGUUCAGGCACUUCGUGAUAUUGCUCAAGAAACUGCUGAUGAUGAAUUCCAAACCCGGGCAAUUCAGGAGCUCACCAUGGUAGAGAGAAUGCCCACUGCGGGUCAUUAUGGUGCGGGUGAUGAGUUGGAGCAGCAGGCAUAUUCUUUCUUCAGUUUGCAGUACACAGCGACGGACGACGCUGUCAUCCAUGCUUUCAACAAGAAAAUCGAGCAUUCGCCCUCCCAGGCUGACUCAGCGCGCGAGAUGCUACAAAUAAUUGGGCGGCACAGGUCCAAUGACAGGAUUCUCAAUCAUGCAAGUGGCCCUAUGGAUGUCGCUGCAGCUUAUCGCAUUCUUGAGGCGGAUCCACAGUGGCCCGACAGUACUAUAUCGAUGAUGUGCAGUGUUAAGCUCAACAAACACCCCGAAAAUAAAGCUGUUGUUGCGCAAGCAGUUGAGGCUAUGGAAGCUAUCGCUGCCGACAGAAACAGCGAUGAGUUACGACAAGCUGCCAUCUCUCUGAAAGCAGAUCUUUCGCGCAUGCAGCAGCAAUCGCAAGAUGGUCAAAUGUUCUCAGUCGAUGCUGGCAGUGUUCAAAAUGAUCCCAAGCCCCGUCUAGAUCUGCCCGCUGGCCUCGAAAAUAUUGGUAACACGUGUUACCUGAACAGCAUUUUGCAGUACUUGAGGACGGUUAUCCCAAUUAGAGUGUUGCUCGCUCAGUAUUCAGAGUAUCAGCUGGGACUCGAGGAAUCUGAUAUCACCAACAGACUUAUUGGUGGUAAUAAGCUCAAGGUCGAAACUGCGGAGGCCGUUAUUGGACGUAUUUUCGUUGAAGAGCUUGACAGACUAUUAGACAACCUCGAUAACACCAAGGAGAUCGCAAUUCGCCCAUCCCAACGUCUUGCCAACGCCGUUCUGUUACCCACUAGUCAGAUCAAGAAGGAGUCAAACGCGGUAGAGGCUAAAGAGCCCGAGGCACAGAGAACACAAGAGGUUAUGGGUGCUCAAUUCCCCAUCCCUCCUCCCCUGCCAGCACGUCCGGCUCCUGGACCACCUACUAAGAACGUGGACCAUGUAGAAGAUGUCAACAUGGUUAACGUCUCUGUUAACCCUGUCUCCGAAUCUGCAAGCAGCGUAAGCUCGCAGACCUUGGUCAGUUUGCCAGAUGCUGACGAGGAGAAGAGCGACGUCAAACUCAACUCGAACAAACACGAGCCGGCACCCGAACUUGUACCAGAUAACGAUGUUCAAAUGAUCGACGCCGAAACGCCAAUCCUAUCUGUCCAGCAGAUCGAGCAGAGAGUACUGAAAGCCCUCGAGACCCAGAAGCGCUCCUCCGGGACCGAUCAACAAGACGUGGAAGAAGUCAUGGGCAGUAUCAUCAACCGCCUGCAGGCAGCAAUCCGGCCCACUGAAAUAAGUAAAGAUGGAGUUCAGUGGGAACCUAUUAUGAAAACAUUCUACGUCGAGUUGACGAACCACACAAGAAUGCCGAGUCAGACAAAGUUUACACCGGAUUCAACCCUAGAAAGAGCAAUCACGGCAUACCCUGCGGAAACUGGCCCAAGCACAAUUCACGAAGGCCUCAGUCGGAACUUUGAUUUGCAAAGAGUUGCUGUUGAGAAGGGUGAAGAUAUCAUGCGGUUUACUUCGAUUAAGAAUCUUCCUCCUAUCUUGCACGUACUCAUCCAAAGAACCAAGAAUGACGGGCACAAGAAUAUGAACCCUGUCGAAGUAUCGGAGAUGCUUUAUCUUGAUCGAUACAUGGAUACUCCUGGGGACCCUGAGUUCUUCAAGCUGAGACAAAAAGGAUGGGCUCUGCAGCAGCGCUUGGAGCAGUUAAACAGCAUUUCCAGGACCACUACCGAAGACCUACAAAUCAUGGAUGGCUUUAUCAAAGACUUUGUCUGCAUUGAAAAAUCGGAUUUUGAGCCUUCACUUUUAGCAGAUCAGCCGGUAUCAUCGCUCAGCUUUGCCGGGGAAGAAGCUCCAUUCAAAACCUACACGCCUCAUUCGGAGCCAACAUUUGAGAAGAUCGAGCCGCCUGCUGCGGCAAGCGUUACUCCAGCUGCACGAGAACAAAUCAACAACAUGCGUGAAGACGAAGUGAAGAAGUACAAAGCUGAGCUGGACGAAUUAUUCUCUCAGCACAAACAGCAGGCCUACCGUUUGCAUGCCGUCAUCUGCCAUAGUGGCCGGCUGACAGCUGGUCACUACUGGGUCUGGAUUCAUGACUUCGAGGACGGCAUUUGGCGAAAGUAUAAUGACGGAAUAGUUACCGAAAACGCUAACACUGAAGAGGUCCUGAAAACAUUGAACAGCAAUGGUGACCCAUACUACCUUUGCUACGUCAAAGACGAAAUGAGAUUCGACCUGGUGCGAGUUCCCAAACGAGUAGAGGCAACAUCCGGCCAGGCUCAAAAGGACACCGAUGGGGAUAUCGACUUGAUUGACGUGGCAGAGGCGAGGGCUGAUGGAGAAGGAAUUCCUAACGAGACGGCUUCCGACCGCAAUGUGGUCGAGCAUGAUUCUGUACCGUCACAGAGCAACGACCGGACUUAG